AUGGUCGAAAUUUUCGCCCACGCCCGUUACUGCACUGGAGUCGGUGUACUGGACUAUUCCGUCAAGAAGAGACCGGACCUUGCCGUGGUCUGGCGGUUUGUGUGCCUUGGCAACCCACUGAGCUAUACCGGGGUGCCCGGGCGACACUCACAGAGUCUCUCAUACAUGGUCUUUUCAAAUGCCGUGAAGGAUGAAAAAGAUACACCCACAAAUUUCUCAAAGAAAGCCACUUCCGAAGCCAUAGCAGACGAGGUUCAAUGCCAAAUGUGCACCAAUAAUUUUCAGAAGAGAUCGAUUAAAACAAAUCGCUAA